GGCAGUAUCGAGUUCGAGCCAUUGGAAGAAGGGUUGUCACGAGCACGGGCAGCUAUACGUGAAGCCAGUCGACGACGAACCUAUAUAGCUUAUAAGAAUGAGAGUUUCAUUCCCAGAGGUCCCAUAUACAGAAACCCUUAUGCUUUUCACCAGAGCCACAUAGAGAUGGAGAAGAGGUUCAAAGUGUGGGUAUACAAGGAAGGAGAACCACCAUUGUUUCACAGAGGACACUUGAAAGAUAUUUAUGCUAUUGAAGGCCACUUUAUCGACGAAUUAGAGAAUGGAAAGAGUCCGUUUCUAGCGCGCCACCCUGAGGAGGCGCACGCCUUCUUCCUCCCCGUUGGCAUUGCAAUGAUUAUUCGAUAUCUAUACAGUCCCCGACUGGAUUAUGACCGCUGGCGCCUCCAACACGUCGUUACUGAUUACAUAAGCGUUGUAUCGAAUAGAUAUCCAUACUGGAACAGAAGCACUGGAGCUGAUCAUUUCUUUGUCGGCUGUCAUGACUGGGGACCAGAUGUUACCACUGCCAAUCCUAAGUUGUACGAAAACCUUAUCAGAGUAUUAUGCAAUGCCAACGUUACUGAAGGUUUCCAGCCAGCAAGAGAUGUAUCAUUGCCCGAGAUUAAAGUCCCUUCGCCAGAGUUGGGACCGCCCGAUGUCGGGCAGGCCUCCAACGAUCAUCGUCCAAUCUUUGCUUUCUUCGCCGGAGGACCUCAUGGUCACGUGAGACGAACAUUGUUCGAGUACUGGAAAGACAAGGAUUCAGACAUUCAAGUCCAUGAAUACCUACCGAAAAAUGUAAGUUAUUUUGAAUCAUUGGGUCAGGCCAAGUUUUGCCUGUGUCCGAGCGGAUGGGAGGUGGCAAGUCCGAGGUUGAUCGAAUCCAUGCACGCUGGAUGUGUACCUGUGAUCAUUUCCGAUGGCUACGCUCUGCCAUUUAGUGAUGUUCUUGACUGGAGCAAAUUUUCCGUUCAUAUUCCGGUGGCUCAGAUACCGGAGAUUAAGACAAUCUUGGAAGGGAUUUCCACAGACGACUACUUGAAAAUGCAGAAGCUAGUUUUGCAAGUGAAAAGACACUUCAUUCUUCAUCGACCGGCUCAACCAUUUGAUUUGUUAUAUAUGAUUCUUCAUUCGUUGUGGCUAAGAAGGCUUAAUAUCAGAUUAAGAUUGUAAUUUGCCACAUUGUUGUAAUUAGAGAGUACAAUUUUAUUUUAUUUUUUCAUUUUUCCCAGAAAAGUAAAAAUGUACUCCUCACCCCUUCUCUCUUUUUUUCCCCGUCAACAAAUGGCCCCAGUAGCAAGGUCG